AUGGAAGUCUACUCACAGUUGGAGAGAAAGUCCAGAGCUGCUCAAGACUGUACCAAGAAGCGUUUGCGAAAUCUGAACAAAAUUUGGCCAAGCUUUCUGGCACUUCUUGGGAGCUUGCGUCUUCUCGCGGUUCGCUUCAUCGUGUCACAGAACUGUUUCGCAAAGAUAAUCCAGCCGUUGCAUACUCUUCUUUUCGAGAUGAAUGGGACCGAGUACAUCGAAUUUGAAACGCUUGUCAAUAAUAUGUCUACUGAUAAUAAGAAGCUUAUUAUCCUCUUGAGUGGAAAGUUAGAAAAGGCCAAAGCAGAAUUUAAAGCACGUCGCUAUCAUAUUAACCCAGACUCCUCGGAUAAAAAGGGUACCCAAGGAUUUGACUUCACAUAUGCCAUCCCACUCUUGAUCGCAGUUUUAACUGUACUGCUCCUCUCUGGUAUUCUCUUCAGAGCCAUUAUUCUAUCCGGCAUGUUCCUAUGUGCACUUCUCGUCCUUCGGGAAGGGAUGGAGCAUUCGGGUUACAAAGCGACAUUAGACGACAAAGACGAAGAUCAAACUCGUGAUCUCAAAAUCGAAAUAGAGCGUUUGACUCAGAAGCACAAUCGUAACGCCACCAUAGGUCAGGCGUUCCAGGAACUGGGCAGCUCACUAGCCGCUGCGAUAGGCGGAGUGCGAGAGAUUCAAGACUCCUACAGAGCUGUAUCUGAGAGGCUCCAACGCAUGAAUGAAGAGAAGAUCGACCGUUUUAAAAAAGUGAUGAAUAGGAUCUCCUACAUCAUUAGUUGGGAUGAGUCCUACAAUGCCAACCGCACGACUGAUCAUCGGCCACGAGAAUCUAAGGAUGUAUCGGAAUUGCGUGAAGUUGCUGUCGAGUUGCGCCUGACGUUCUACAUCAUAUUUGAGUGGUCUUCGCUUUACACACGAAUCUCGCAAGAUAUAUUCACCCCAGCGCUACGUGAAGUUCAAUUCUCCAUCUCUUUAGCUACGUUGAUCAGUGGCAUCGAUUUGUCGAGUGACAGAUUCAGACUGCGGCCUGCUCAACAAGGAAAAUGGACUCCACGACAAACUGCACCACCACUCACUCGGAGCUUUAUGCCACUCGCUACUAUACCUUCUACAUAUUCUGCGGAUUCGGAUAUCUAUUUCUCUCAAACAUAUGCACCAACAGCCAAAGAUACAUUGACGCUGAGUCAGGUAGCAGGGCGCGCUGAGAUGGAGCUCAACAAACUACAUCGUGAGGCCCAAGAAAGCGCGAUAAGAUCUAGAACCCAGAGAAAGACAAAAGCACAUCUUAGGUAG